UCGUGUAUGAUACAAUAUUUAUUCACUCAAUCCAUUUGAUAACCUUAAAUCAGUCAGUGUCGUACACUACGAAUAGUAACAAUGGACAACAAUAUAAAUGGAGAUGUUGAAGACAACGGAAGUGAUCUUCUUGCCGAAGAGUUGGCCAAACUCCAACGACAGUAUAUGCUCAUGGAGAGUAACAAAAAAGCGUAUACCGAAGAAAUGGGUAGUCAUUUGGCCAAACAAAAAAAAAUUAUCAGCAGUUUGGAACAAGAGAAAGUAAAUCUAGUAGAGCACGUAAAUAUAGAUAAAAACAAACGAAAGGAAAUCAACGAUUUACGUUUAAAAGAAUGUUUGGUUGAAAAAUGGAAUGAAUACCUUUGCGUCAAAGAUGAACUGACAGACCAAAAAAAAUGCCACGAAGACAUCGAAAAGGAAAUAUUAAAAAUACAAAACGAACUCGAUCUUAUAUUUAGACAGAGAGAAUGCUCGACUGGCAAAUCAAAAAACAAAGUCGAAUGCGAUCUACAAAGACAUGAAGAACUGCUUGAGAACAAAUUGCACGUGAAAACCGUCAAGUUCAAUAAGGUUUUGACGGAGAACGCCCGUUUAAGAAACGAAAUCGACAAUUUGCUUGUACAACGGUCGCAGUUCAACGAAGCAUACAAGGCUCUGACGGCACGUUUAGACGACAGCAAGCAGAUAAUGAUGGACCUGAUUGAACAGGCCACGUCGGCGUAUGAACAGAGAGAAGACGCUCAAAACCGGUUAAUCAACAUGAGUGACGUAGACAAGCAACAGAUCGCUUUGCACAAGGCCGAAGUCAAGGAGCUACAGAGACAAUACGACCGCGAUUUAAAACUUCAAGAUUUUUUGUCUAUUAAAGGACAACAUCGCGUACUCAUGGACUUCGAACGUAAAGAAGAAGAAAAGAAACAAAACGAAUUAGGUAAUCGAAAAGAACAAGCAGAGAAAUGGAUAGACUUGAUGGGGUGGCUGCAGAUGUACGUAGGCGAGAGCAAUAUCGAUAGGAUCGUAGAUCUGUUCGUCCGGCAGGAAGAAGAGAAUUUCGCGUUGUUCACGUACAUCAACGAGCUAAACAGCGAGGUAGAUGACUUACAGAAAGAAGUUGUGGUUCUGAAGAACCGAGUGCAUGAACAGCGGGCCAUUAACGAGUCAAGAGCGUCAAAACAAGAAGAAAACAUGAACGGGCUAAGGGCGCAUUUACAGCAGCUCGUUGACGAUGCUGAUCGAGAAAAUGAUCGGAUAAAAACCGUACACAUCGAGUUGACUGAGCUGUUGGAAUCCGUCGAGAAACUCUUCUUGUCCAUCCAUUGUGACAUCUCUCCGAUGUAUAAGAUACUAGGAGACGACAUUCGGGCGAACGUAUAUAACAUGACUUUCUACGUUGAUUUGAUAGAAACAAAAGUGUCAGACGUUGUCAAAAGCCUGAAAAAUAUGGAUUCAAUGUAACAUUUUUUAUAAAUUGUAACUUAUCAUAACAAAAUUUCCGAAUUAUAAUAUCGGAAGUAAAGGUUAACCAUUAAUAAAUACUGUAAACUGUAGGUAAUUUAAUUACCUAUAUAAUAGUUAUAAAAUAUGAAUAGACAGUUAAAUUUUAAUAUUAUUUGUA